CCAAAAAAUGCCGCGUCUGUGAGGAGGCUGAUCAGCGGACUGGAGGUAUCUAUCUGGUACCGACUCGACUCGCACGAUCUUGUCUUUUCACUCUGUCUUCCAGUUCUAAGGUAAUUACUUCGUACGAUGUAUCCGUACCUUACCCGGUUCCCUCUUCUCCAGUUUCUCCCCUUCUCCCACCUUCUCCUCUGGCUGCAUUAUACUACCUUAGGUAGUACAAUGGAAGUUUUCCACCACAGUUCGAUGCAUAUCGGGCUAGCCGUUGAUCGUCGCUCAAACAUCGUCAUUUGGCCGUUGUAUGGUCUAUCAUCAGUCGUCACUCGCUGGAUCGGGUUCCUGUCUCUUUUUUUCUUCUCCUUUUUUUUCCCCUUCCUUCCUGUCUUUUCCAACUAGCGUCACCCAUGUUCACGCAGGGCAGACCGCAUUCCUCUCCACUUAGGCCAUUUUGUCCUCAUUGCCCCGCGCAUCGGAGGGACAUGGGAAACGUAUUCCUACAUUACAUGUCCGCACUACGGAUACAUUACCUAUCACUACGGAGUACGUGGGCUCUCCGUAAUGGAACGUAUGUCCGAAGUAGUUAUUUCGCCAGGUGGCCACGGCGAGCCGGAAAUAGCAGAAGUCAGCCGAGGUAUGGCCUCGUCCAGUCAAGCGA